CCUCCUCCCUUUCCCCCCUCGCUCCCGCCCCGCCCUCUUCCUCGUUCCUCCCACCCGCAGCCGCACCGCAGCCUUUUGGCGCGUUGCUGCUGGGACCUCCGGGAGGUGGAGGGGCGCUAUGGGGUCUCGGAUGGGCUCGGCUCCGCUCGGCUCCAGCGCAAGGCCUGACGGAGGCGGUGGUGCGCGGGCCUCUGGGUAGUGUAGUCCGCCCUUCCGCGCAGGCUCAGUGCGGCCGGGCGGGCCCCGCGGGCGCGGGUCAUUGUCCUGGCGGAGCUGCGCGGUCGGCCCGUUCCUGUCACCCUGGGCGCUGGAGGGAUGGCCACCCAGCUGCUGACUGACGAGGCCCUGGAAUCAGUGACAUUCAGGGACGUGGCCGUGGACUUCACGCAGGAGGAGUGGCAGCAGCUGGAGCCUGCCCAGAAGGACCUGUACAGAGAUGUGAUGCUGGAGAACUACAGGAACCUGGUUUCUCUGGACUUGGAGUCUAGACCUGAAAUGAAGGAAUCAGGUCCAAAGGAGGACGUUGCGGAACACAGGCCAUCCGUCGGGGCGGUGGCCGAGGGACCCACGAGAAAUGGUGCCUGCGGCCUGGCCUUUGAAGGCGCGUGGACCCUGGGUGACUGGGUGGAGAGGAGGCAGCAGGGGGGCGCCAGGACCUGCCUGGGGCGGUCGGAGGUUUCUCAGGAGCUCGCCCCCGAGUGUCGUCGGGAACCUCAGGUCCUCACCCCCCAAAGCUCCAGCCUGCGCCCGCCACCAUCGGCGGGUCCGGGGGAAGCAGGGUCCCAGCCGCGUGUGGUGCUCGGCGCAGACCUCAGCCAGCCCUCCAGACUGGACGCAGAGGAGAAGCCUUACGCGUGCGCCACGUGCGGCAAGGCCUUCAGCCGCAGCUCGUCCCUCGUGAAGCAUCGGAGGACCCACACCGGGGAGAGGCCCUUCGAGUGUGACGAGUGCGGGAAGCACUUCAUCGAGCGCUCGUCCCUCACCAUCCACCGCAGGGUCCACACCGGGGAGAAGCCGUACCGCUGCGGGGACUGCGGCAAGGCUUUCAGCCAGCGCAUGAACCUGACCGUGCACCAGCGCACGCACACGGGCGAGAAGCCGUACGCGUGCGCCGCGUGCGGGAAGGCCUUUCGCAAGACCUCGUCCCUGGCGCAGCACGAGCGCGUGCACACGGGCGAGCGGCCGUACGCGUGCGGGGACUGCGGCAAGGCCUUCAGCCAGAACAUGCACCUGACCGUGCAUCGGCGCACGCACACGGGCGAGAAGCCGUACGCGUGCGCCGAGUGCGGGCGCGCCUUCAGCCAGAACAUGCACCUGACCGAGCACCGGCGCACGCACACGGGCGAGAAGCCGUUCCGCUGCGGGGACUGCGGCAAGGCCUUCAACAAGAGCUCGUCGCUGACGCUGCACCGGCGGAACCACACGGGCGAGAAGCCGUACGUGUGCGGCGAGUGCGGCAAGGCCUUCAGCCAGAGCUCCUACCUGAUCCAGCACCAGCGCUUCCACAUCGGGGUCAAGCCCUUCGAGUGCAACGCGUGUGGCAAGGCCUUCAGCAAGAACUCGUCGCUCACGCAGCACCGGCGGGUGCACACGGGCGAGAAGCCGUACGAGUGCUCCGUGUGCAGGAAGCACUUCACGGGCCGCUCGUCCCUGCUCGUGCACCAGACUGGCCACACCGGCGAGAAGCCGUACGCGUGCGGCGAGUGCGGCAAGGCCUUCAGCCAGAGCGCCUACCUCAUCGAGCACCAGCGCAUCCACACGGGUGAGAAGCCGUACCGCUGCGCCCAGUGCGGCAAGGCCUUCAUCAAGAACUCCUCGCUCACCGUCCACCAGCGCAUCCACACCGGCGAGAAGCCCUACAGGUGCGGCGAGUGCGGGAAAACCUUCAGCCGGAACACCAACCUCACGCGCCACCUGAGGAUCCACACCUAGGGGGAGGCGUGGGGGGCGCCUGGUCCCCGGACCUGCCUUGGGGGGGGGGGGGAGGCUGAGCCCCCAGCACGGGCGGUGCAGACGCGGGAGCCCCCGGGUAGCGCGCCCCAGGCGGGCCUUACGAAUGGGGACUUGUGCACAGGUCCUUUUGCUACGGGGCACCCACAGGGCCGAAGGAGGAAGCCAGUCCCUCCGUGUCUAAUGUGCUUAGGAACAUGGUCAGGGUCGCUGUGGCUGGACACUCACGGGAGCCCCAGGAACCGGGGCAUCAGGGUUCUAGGCCGUGGGAGUGGACUGUAAGGGCUGGGACAGAGCACUUCGUGUCCCGGGGGGGGGGGGGGACACUCUGGAGGAGGGGGCUGAGAGGGGGAGGUGGGCUCCAUAAGUGAAUGUGGACAUUUUGGGACCCUAGAUCUCGUGCAGAUGCCAGGUGGGCACCCUCCUGAGUUUCCUCCUGGGGUGGAAGCCAGAGCCCCGCUCCCCUCCAUCCCUCUGUCUGUCCCCAAGCCACUAACGCGGCAGAAGCUGACAAGCUGUGUGACAGGGAGGAGGUGGUUUUCAGAGUCAGCAAAUAAUAGUAAGCACUUGGGAUGCUGAAGUUUCUCAUAGUGGUCGUUUAGGGUUUUUUUACAAUAAAACUUUUAAAAGUGUAAUUUUUAAAAAAUGUUUAUUUAUUGAGAGAGAGAGGGAGAGAGUGGGGGAGGGGCACAGAGAGCAUCCCAAGCAGGCUCCACGCUGUCAACAAAGAGCCGAACACAGGCCUGGAUCUCAUCAACGGUGAGAUCAUGACCUGAGCCCAAAUUAAGUCGGAUGCUCAACUGGCUGAGCCACCCAGGCGCCCUGAGAGACCAGUGUCAUUUUAAACAGUCGUCGGGUUCAGAAGAUACAGGAACCAGUUCCGCCAUCAAAAUCAGUCUCCUGCUUGUGGGGAGAGGGGGAGGGCAGGUGAUUCAGGUUUAAAUACUUAACUGGCUUUAGUCAGUACGCAUUUCUGAACACAGACUGCCUGUUUUUAUAGCUGUUUUUUGCAGUCGAAUUUGAAGGUAGCUCCAAGUGAGUCUCCUAAGGCUGACCUGAUGCUUUGUUUACGUGAAGAGCUCCCCCAGGGUCUCCUUUCUCGGGGGACUUUGAUGCUGCCCUUUUUCCUUUUAACAUUCGAUGCCACUUGCCCCAAAUGUCCUGGUGUUUCCGAACGUCCUACACUUCUUGACGGUGUCUGCAAAGAAUAAACAACUCACUUUGAGAGAUCA